AUGCCGGCUCCGACUGCUCUUAAGAAGCCCCUCGAGGAUGCGGCGCCAUUCAACAUCCCUCUCCCCCAAGGCGACAACGAUGAAGACGUGCUACUAAACACCGCAGACCUGAACGCCAUGAACGUCACAGAGAGUGAUAUACUGCAACCUGUUGCAGCGCCAGAGUCACAGAUGGAUGUAGACGAGGAAGACCGACCGAGCUUUGCGCCCGCCAAAGACGUCGAGAAAAUCGCCAGAAUCGAGCGGAGGAAAAUCCCGAUACCUCCCAACCGCAUGUCGCCCCUGAAGGCGCAUUGGCCCAAGAUUUAUGAGCCUCUCGUGAACCACCUCAAGUUGGCCGUGCGAAUGAACGUAAAGACAAAGGCGGUCGAGCUGCGAACGAGCCAGCACACAACGGACACGGGAGCAGUCCAGAAGGGCGAGGACUUCGUGCGGGCUUUCGUGCUUGGAUUCGAUGUUGAGGACAGCAUUGCGUUACUGCGUCUGGAUGAUCUCUACAUUUCAACAUUUGAGAUCAAGGAUGUGAAGACGCUGGGCCCCGAUCACCAGGCCAGAGCCAUUGGGCGAAUUGCGGGAAAGGAUGGAAAGACGAAAUUCGCGAUUGAGAAUGCCUCGAGAACCAGAAUUGUGGUUGCAGGAUCAACCAUCCAUAUUCUUGGUGGUUUCAAGAACAUCCACAUUGCGCGAUCGGCAGUGGUGAGCUUGAUCCUAGGUAAGCAACCAGGCAAGGUCUACAAUGGACUGAGAACCGUUGCCGCAAGGAUGAAGGAGAGAUUCUAG